UUAAUUGAAGCCAAAAAGACUGGUCAGGUAAAUAUAGUUGAUGUACUGGAUGAGCUUUCAAAUGAGACAUCAGACACGGACGAGAAUAGUACACUUUUGAUUGGAGAUAUAAACGUCGCUGUUAAUACACUUGAGCAAAUAGCUGAUGUGGUAACAGUCAACACAACAAACAUUGAAAAUGUUACAGAUUCAUAUAUACAAACAAUCAACAAUAUUCUGGAUGAAAGUACAGCACAGACAUGGAAGGUGAACAUAAAUCAGACAGGUUCCGGGGCAGACGUUGUUUUGAAGACAACAGAUCGUUUUGUGGAGAAGAUCUUGACAACAUCCAAAAAUUUCACUGCUGAGAUAUCAAAGUCAAAUUUGUAUUUAAAGAUGGCGUCUGUACAAUCAUGUAACGAAGCUUUGAAUUUCCCUGAACAUGGAAACGAAGGUGUCUCAGAGUGGGCUAGAUCAAGGAAGGACGGGCUCGUAAUUGACUGUGACAGUACCGUUGAAUCCUUUAGUGGAAUUAUGUACAGAAAUUUAUCACUGAUAAUAUCAUCAUCAACUAACAACACUAAAUCCGAAGAUCUUCAGCUGAAUGCUCCAGUAAUAUCAUUUACAUUCUAUCCUAAUAACAUUACACGACAACUUGUCAGCCCAGUGGAAAUUCAAUUUCAGUUGUAUAAUAAUACAUUGGAUAAUGCGAGAUGUUCGUUUUGGAAGGAGUCAAAAAGCGAAACGUCACAAGGUUACUGGUCUGAUGAGGGAUGUCGACUGAAAAAAUAUGACAAAGACGAAGAAGUUGUUGUGUGUGUUUGCGACCAUCUUACUAAUUUUGCUGUGCUUAUGAGUCCAUCCAAACACCAGAUUGAGGAAGGACAUAAGGAGGCACUGUCAAUCAUUUCCAUGAUAGGAUGUAUAGUUUCCAUGAUAUGUCUUGUACUGAAUGUAGCUAUACAUGCAUUCUUCUGGAGGUUUAUUAAAUCGGUGCGGUACAUCAUUCAUAUGAACUUAUCCUGUUGGUUAAUUGUUGCUUAUAUCCUGUUUCUUGCUGGGAUAAACAGAACAGAAAACAAGGACGUUUGUACAGCAAUGGCAGUACUUCUCCACCUGGUGUUUUUGAUAGUUUUCUUCGGAAUGCUGACGGAGGGAUGUAACCUUUCAUAUACGGUUCUCAAGCCACUAAGUACUAUAAAACCUGGGAUGCCACUAAUGAUAUCGUCUUAUGUCCUCGCAGUUAUUAUUGUGGUGAUAUCAAUGGGUGCAUCACAGCUACAGGGAUAUGGAACAGAACAGGCAUGCUGGUUAUCGACUGAAACUGGAUUGAUAUGGGCAUUUAUUGCUCCGGUUCUUGUUGUUAUAGUGGUUAAUUUUAUAAUUGUUAUCUUCGUGAUUCGGACAAUGUGUGGCACUACAGCAAUGUCGAAGAAAUCAAACAAAGGACGGGCAAAGGCAGCAUUACGUUGCAUAUUGGUGCUCAUGCCGUUGAUGGGUCUGACCUGGGGGUUUGGAGUACUAUCUUUGAAUAGUGACACAAUUGCUUUCCAGUACAUAUUCGCUAUUCUUAACAGUUUUCAGGGACUGCUGGUCUUCAUAUUUCACUGCGUGUUGGACAAAAAGAUAAAAGAUGCAUUUACAAAACAGAGAAACAAAUGGCUACAGUCGACGCAGAGUUUCGGAGUUUCUGAAGGAAAGAGAAGCAGAACACAAGACACUUCCGUUUUCUGAGAACCAAGAAGAAUCAAUUCAUCGAUGGAGUAUUUCAAAAUGUGAUUUUUCGGACAUUUUGGCCAUUCAAGACUUGGGUACAUCUAAAACAGCACUUUGUAUAUUAAAGCUUCUCGUAGAUCAUAAUCAAUCGAUGAAGUACUUAAAUAUUUGUCGGACGUUUAAAUAUUCACAGAUUCCAUGAAUCCAUCGAUGCAGUAUUUGAAUCACCGAUAUUUCAGACGUCAAAUGGCAUAUUCAUAAAAUUCAAUCCAUUGAUAUAGUAUUCAAUUGUAACUUUGUUCAGCGUCUCCAUAUUCACAAAGUUUUAUUCGUGGAUCCAGCUAUUGAGUAUUUCAGAUAUCAGUUUGGUUUGUCGGAUGUUUGUAUAUGCAUAAUUUUCAAUAGAUCAAUAGAUGUAGUUUUUUUUAAAGAAAUAUCCAUCUGUCAGACAUCUACUUAUUCAGUAUUACAAACAUUAAUCUGUCUGACGACCGCAUAUUUUCAGCUUUACACAACAUCGUGUGCACGUGAUAUUGUAAUACGCUUGUUUUUUGUAUUGUUUGAUAUGUUACGGUGAAUGUUUCUUUCUUUAAUAUGUGGAUUAAAUGAAACUGUGUUCUUUCAAGGAUAAAUAUAUACCUAUCACUGCUGUCAUACAUUUUGGAUUUUAAUCUCGAUAUGAGAAAAUUCUCAUGGUAUCUUGAUAAAUAUUGCUUGUCACUUAUAGUUUGUAAUGCUACAUUUGUUUAAUUGUUGAAGUUAUCUAUCACAUUUAUAGGCUUGCUUUUUUAAAGCUAUCAAAAACUAUAUAUGUAUCACCAUAUUUUACAUCCCAAGAUGAUAUAUUAUGGAUAAAAAUUUCGGCCAAUAAACUUUUAAUAGAUAAAGAUAUAUAUAUUGGUCUGUGUUAUGUAAUACCAGACAAUAGUAGUAGACAAUCCACAAUAGAUGAUAACAUUUUUGACAGAUUGAUUGAUUCAGUUACUGAUGUAGAAAAUUGUUCAAAUGAUGACUGCUAUUAUACAAUUUUUGGCGAUUUCAAUGCUCGAACGUCUGUACUCCCAGAUUUUGUUAUUCAUGAUACUUAUAAUGUUUUUAAUAGUGAUAUUUUACCAGACGAUUAUCAGACAGAUAGAAAUUUAGAUCGGUUUUCACAAGAUAAAGGGCAUGUUAAUAAUAAUGGCAGGUUGCUUUUAGAUUUUUGUAAACAAACGGGUUAUAGAAUAAUGAAUGGACGGAAAGAUCAAGAUUAUAAUAUUGGUAAAUACACAUUUGUGAAUAAUAGAGGGUGUAGUGUUGUUGACUAUUUAUUGUGUAAAAAUAGUGUAUGUGAGAAAAUUGGUACAUUUGAUAUUGAUUGUCCUAAUAUUGUGUCUGAUCACUGUCUUAUAACUGUUUCUUUUGUGUUCAAUAAAUCUACUGAUUAUGUUGACAGUAUAUAUGAUUAUAAUAAUUUAAAUCAGAAUUAUGAUAGUGUUGAUUAUACUUAUGUAUGGAAAGAAAAUUUGAAAGAUCAGUAUAUUGAGUUAUUAUCAACAGAAGAAAAUAUUGAGAAUCUUGAUAAUUUAGAAAAUAAUAUCUUAUUAAGCUCUACAAAGGACGACAUUGAUAAUUGUUUGCAAAAUUUAGAAAACAUGUUUAAUAAUAUUGCUUCUCCUUUUAUCAAAAGGGGUUCAGCCACUGGCUCUAAGUGUGUAACAAAUGAUGUAAAUCAACCAUGGUUUAAUAGUGAGUGUUUUGAAAAGAAACAAAUAUUUUAUAAAUGUUUAAACAAAUAUCGUGAUUGUCAGAAUGAUUUUAAUAGAGUAAACAUGGUAAAAGCCAGGUCUGAGUAUAAAACUGUAUUACGUAAAUGUAGAUAUAAUUUUGAUAAAGAAAAAACAAAUAAACUGUUAACUGUAAGAUAUAAUAAUGCACGUUUGUAUUGGAAAAUGUUAAAAGAAGCUUCUGGUGUAAAUCAUUCUAAUAUACCGUUAUUAACAUUUGCCCAAUAUUUUAAAGCCGUAAAUAGUCCAGAUGAUAGAUUUUUUUCACCUGACGAAGAUAUUUUACAUUUUGUAGAGCGUUAUGAAAAUAAUGAAUUUAAAAUAAUGUUUAAUGAAUUGAAUACCAUCAUCACUACGGAGGAGAUUAGUUUAGCUUUAAAGGAGCUCAAGAAUAAUAGGUCAAGCGGGCCUGAUUUAUUGUUGAACGAAUUUUUUGUACAAGGUAAAGAUAUUUUAUUACCUGUUUUGUAUUCGUUAUUUAAUAAAAUAUAUGAUAUUGGUUAUUUUCCUGUUAGGUGGUCAGAAGGUUAUGUAAUACCUUUACAUAAAAAAGGGAGCAUUAAUAAUGUUGAGAAUUAUCGUGGUAUUACACUUUUAAGCUGUUUAGGUAAAAUUUUCACCCGUAUUAUUAAUAAUAGAUUAAAGUUUUGGGCAGAAAAUUACAAUGUUUAUAUAGAAGCACAAGCAGGGUUUAGAUCAAAGAUGAGUACAGUAGAUAAUAUAUAUGUAUUAAAUGGAUUAUUGUCACACUUUUUAAAUCAAGGAAAGCAACUUUAUACUUUAUUUGUUGAUUUUAGUAAAGCAUUUGACUAUAUUGUUAGAGAUAAUCUGUGGUACAAAUUGAUACAACUAGGUUUACGAGGAAAGAUUUUUGAUAUUGUAAAAUCCAUUUAUGAGUCUGUAAAAUCAAGAGUUAAGCAUUGUAACAUGUUAAGUGAGGAAUACUCAUAUUUACUAGGAGUAAGACAAGGAGAAUGUCUAUCUCCUUUCUUAUUUUCUAUGUUCAUAAAUGACCUUGAAGAUGUUUUUAUACAUGGUAAUAUGACUGGCUUAGAUGUAAACAUGUUUAAAAUAUUUUUAUUACUAUACGCAGACGAUAUUGUUAUAUUCGCAAAUUCACCUGAAGAACUCCAAAAAAGUAUUGAUUUAUUAUACAAUUAUUGUGAGCUGUGGAAAAUGAAGGUGAAUGUCUCUAAAACAAAAAUUAUGAUUUUUAAAAAAGGGGGAACAUUACCACGAAAUUUAGAAUUUUUAUACAAUGAACAGUCUAUUCAGAUUGUGAACAAUUUUUGUUAUUUAGGUGUUGUUUUUACAAGUGGAGGUUCAUUAAGUACCGCCCACAAUACUAUAGCAGGUCAAGCGCAAAAAGCAGUAUUUAAGCUGAAUAAAUAUUUAUACAAAUUUACCUAUUUACAACCAAAACAUAAAUUAGAAUUAUUUGAUAAACUCGUAUCUCCGAUUUUAAAUUAUUGCAGCGAAGUGUGUGGUUUUGUCAAAGAUUUAUCAAUUGAAAGGGUGCAUUUACAAUUUUGUAAAAAAAAUUUGUGCAUUUUUUGAAUAUUAUUAAAUAUUGGUUAAAAAUAUUACAUUUGGGAAGAAACAAGUAUGUCUUCAUUAUUUACUCUUUGUUAAAGGAUGAUUUUGAACAGUAUGAAAAUAGGCAAAACUGGUGUUCAAUGUUAAAAGAUUUGUUAUGUUCACUAGGUUUUGUUGACGCAUGGUUAUAUCAAGGUGUAGGUGAUGAUAAGAUAUUUUUGUCCUUAGUUAAACAAAGAUUAAAUGACCAAUUUAUACAGAACUGGAACUCAAGAUUAUCAAUUUCUAGUAGAGCUUUGUUUUAUAGAAAUAUUUCUUUCUUUAGGUACCAACCAUAUCUUGAUUGUUUUACUGCAAAUAAAUUUGUUCAGUCAUUAACACGUCUGAGAGUGUCCUCUCAUAGACUACAAGUAGAAGCUGGUAGGUGGGCAAAACCAACCAGAACACCUUUAAACGAUAGAAAAUGUUCAAUAUGCAAUACUCUUGAAGACGAAUACCAUUUUGUUAUUGAAUGCUCAUUAUAUACAGAAUUAAGAAACACUUACAUUCACAAGAAGUUUUGGAACAGACCAAAUAUGUAUAAAUUUAUAGAACUAUUAAAUUCAGAAAAUAAAAAAGUGAUAAGAAACCUAGGAAUAUUUGUUGAAAAAGCUUUUAAACUAAGAAAUUCUAUCAUUUAAUUAUUUGUUAAAGUUAUAAUUGUUUUUUGUUAAUACCGUUAGUUGAAACAAUCUCAUGUAGUCAUUAAUAUAAGUUAGUGUCUAAGUAUACUGUUAAUUAAAUUGUCUUUUUUCUAUAAACUAUGCAUACUAUAUUAAUUUAAGUGAUAUAUAUGCUUUCAAAAGAUGAAUAUAUUCUAGGGUUACUUUUGAUACUUUAUAAAUUUUCUUUUGUCUCUAUGGCGAAAGAGCUAUGACACAUGAAUAAUGUUAAUAAUACAUUGUGUAGUAUGCAUAUUUAUUUUAUUGUAUGCGAUGUGCUCAUUUUGUUGAAAUAUAUCAUCUUAAAUAAACGUAUAUAUGUAAAACGAACAUAUUAAUGACAAUAAGUCAUUUUGAACAUGAUUGUUAAUUUAUAACAUAUUAUCAGUCUUGCAAUUUCUUUUCGGUAAGGCCGAUAUAUUUAUGUUAUAACCAUUACAAACGAAUUAAAUAUGCAUCCAUUAUAUUCUAUGUUUCUUGUCUUAGAAUGUGGCAAGAAUCGUGGAUAUAUUUAGUACAUGUAUGUAUAUAACCUAUUAUUUGAUGAAUGUAUAUAAUUUCACAUAGGUUUAAAACUUUAAACAUUUAUCAAAUAUAUAUGUUUUGGAUUACAUUUAUAUCAAAUGAUAACUAUACAUAUAUAUGUAAGUGAAACACAACAUUAAUGUAUUUAUACUUGAAGAGUUUGUCGUUAUGAUCUUCUCCGAUAUUAUCAUCAUGCUAUGUUAUGUAUUUCAUAUGUACGUAUAUGCACUGUUCGUUGUCUAGUAUUAUGCUGUUAUCAUGUCAUCGUGGGCUUUUAAGCCUAAUAUGAUUGAAAUAAAACUAUCUAUCUAUCUAUCUGUAAAAACCGUUUUGCUCUGUUUCAAAGUCUUUGUAAUAGAUGAAUAUUAUUUAUAUAACAAAGUUGUGACAGUUUCAAUGCAACAUGAUUUUGAUAUUUGUACUUCAUUUCAGAAUUCAGAAAGUUUCUUGUCUUUGUGCAGUUACAAUAAUACAGUUUCCAUUAAAAUAUUCAAACAAACAAGAGAAAAAACAAACAACAACACAAUUUGAAACAAAAAGUAACAAGGUCCAUUUGGAUUACUGAUAUCAAUAUAUUUGGUAGAUUGAUGAAAACCGGUGUUGUAGGAGUCACUGCUUAAAUUUUACCAUUAUACAGUAAAUUUCUUUGCAACUUAACAAAUUGAUUGAUAUAAUGUUAACUUUAUGUUAGAAAAUGACAAGCAAGAUCAGCAAGGAGGGGUGGCGUUCAAUGAAGCCUGUUUGUCAUUAACAAUGCACUGGUCUUUUGAGACGUUAGUUACAUUGCAUUAAUUCUGAAUCAUCCCUCAUAAUAUUAUAAUGAUUAUGUUAAUACAAAAAUUCAAAUCA